CCGAAUAUUAUUAUGAUCUCAUCGCUGUUUACACGUCGUCUCAGGUCGUUGGACCUCUCGCAUAAUAACACAUUGUUAUCAAUGCCGGUGCACGCGUGACGCGACCGACUUUGUUUUGUUAUUGAUUGGCGGAAUCCCGUGCCGUGGAAUCCGCUAUGUGGCGGCAAAGAGUGCCCACUACAACAAUGUGUUUGAGCUAAUCGCUAUUCGAGCUCUGUAAUAGUAAUUGAUCUGCGCACUGCUCCGUUUCAGUAUUUUCAGUUGUUCCCGCAGCACGAUUCCGGUUGAAAUGCACGGUUGUCUCUGCUGACCAAUCGCUGCAGUCUAAUCAAUCGCUUUGGGGAUCGAGCUAUUUACCGUCGCUCGCGGACGUACACCCAACAUAAUGUCGUACAGACCCAGCCGAGGAGGAUAUGAUAAUUCCCGUGGUGGAUUCCGUGGGAGUUCAUACAGUUCGAGAGGAGGUUUCAAUGACAAUUACAGAGGUUCUAGCCGAGGAGGUAGCACAUAUCGUGGAUCACGAGGCAGCAGUAGAGGCAACAGUGGCCCCUGGUCUGGUUCUUCUAAUUAUAACAGUAUGAAUCGCAACUCUGAAUCCAAUUGGUCGCCUCCACCUGAUAACAAUUUUGAGUCUCGAAACCGAUAUUCAGGUGAUAAUGGUCGUUAUUCAAGUAGUCACAACGAUUCUAGACGAUUUAAAGAGGGUAGAAGAAGUGAAAGAGACUCCGACGUAGACGGUUAUUUGAAUACUGAUGAAGAUUACGAACAUUAUGGUCCUGGUAGUAGCAAUUAUGCAGAUAAUCGCAAUAGUAGGUCAUCGUAUGGACCUGAUACCGGCAGCUAUAGAGAAAGUCGCGGCAGUUACAGAGGUCGUGGAAGCUCUCGUGAUUACCAUUCAGAUUACCGUAAACCGCAUCAUUCGGAAGACAACCACGGCUCAUCACCGCAAAGAUAUUCUGGACCAUCUUUUAGAGGCCGAGGGGAUGGCUUUAGAGGUGGAUUCCGUGAGAUGGACAGUCGAACAUCAAGAGGAGGUGGAUAUAGAGGUAGCAGUUCGUAUGGUAACAGUGAAGGAAUGUUGAAACGGAAACGCCAUGAGUCCCCGACUGGUGGAUGGAGACCAAGUCCCUUCCGUAAAGGAUACGAUUCUUACAGAGGAAGAAUGCCAAGAUCCAACAUGCACCAUCUCAGUGAUUACCGUACGAGAAAAAUUGCCGAAUUCCGUGAAAAAACUCGACAACUACGCGAACAGCUAAGUUCGCCUUCGGAACAAGAGGAGGAAGUAGUCGAAGAAGUAGUGGACGAAGAAGUCGAAGAAGAGCAAUCCGAAGAAGGUAAUCGAAAAGAAGCUGCGGAAGAGGGAGAACUGAAAAGCAGUGAACAACCCAAGAAAAAGAGAAAGGUCGUUAAAAAAGUUGUGAAAAUCUUAAAGAAAGUGAAGAAACCUAAAGAGGAUGAUACGACCUCUACAACCAAACAUUCGUCCAAAACUAGAGAUCAGACGACAAAACGGACAGAAGAACAUGUGCGGACACUUUUAUGUCCGCACUGUGAAUUUACCAGUGUUAGGACUCGAGACUAUGAAAUGCAUUUGAUGAAAAUACGCCAUCGAAAUGCAAUGACCGUAAUAGCGAGAAACCGAAAGCGCGAACUUUUUAUGAUUCGUCAAGACCAAAGGAAAGAACAGAAAGAAAUCGAUGACAACAAUGACGGUGAAAAUUCUGAAACUAAAUUCUGCAAGUUAUGUCAGUUGACGUAUAAGCAGUCGAAAGGCGAUCAUUUCGCCAGUGUGUUGCACAAAAAAAUCAAGCAGGCCACUCAGCCAUCGUGUAUUAUUUGUCAUUUAGUAUUCGCAUCUCCAAUGCGUUUAGAACAUCAUUUGUGCAGCAUCGAUCAUUUAGAGAAAGUGUUAAACCAACCACAGAAACAAGCUAAACAACCAGCAGCCGCAGCAGUGUCUGUGCCGAAUGACAUCGACGAUGCUGAGGGAGAAGUAGAUAUAGCCAAUUUUAUGGUUUUGGAUUCUGUCGGUUCUGGUGAAGAUGAAGAAAAGCCAAACAAAAUUGACAGCGAAAGAAAGAAAAAAAUAAAUUCUGACAAAAAACUUGCUUUAGGAAUAGAAUUUUGCAAACACGUCUAUUAUUGUGAAUUGUGCGAUCUCAUAUUACCAGUUCAUGAAAAUGUUGAACAACACUGUCACAGUAGUUUACACGUGCAGCGUUAUGCACAUCAUUCUGACAAAAAAAACAAACAACAACAAAAUGUCACCAAAGUGUCGUUCGAACAAAGUUGUUCACCGACGACAAAAUGUGAAUCCGCCGACAGCAGUGAUGUCGAUCCACCAAAUAAGGACAUUCUACACAAUUUAAGUCCGAAUAAAUCCAGAGGAGAAGCGAUCAACAACGACUUUGAUCUUUGGUCUACAUUAGAUAUGGUACUAGAAGACGUUAAAGAAAAUAGUAACUCCGAUAACGAAAUAUCUUCAACUGCUGAGACAAAGAACAAAUCUUAAAACUGAAUCGUUGUUUUAAAAAAAAAAAAAAAAUUUUAACACGCUUAGUUAUUAAUUGCGAUCCUUUCUAAGAUUUAUUUAUAAGAAAUGUUUUGAGAUGUUCAAGUUUUUUUUCCUAUUUUAUUGUUAUUAUAGAUUAUAGACAUUUUUUUCAUACCCAUAAAAACGUAUAAACGCCUAAAGUAAUUUUAUAUAAAAGUUAGUGGUAUUGUUAAGAUUAUUAAUUAUUAACUUUAAUAACACUUUGUUGUUUGACUAUGAUUUAAUACGACGUGUAUACUAUUUGAACGUGGUUGAAUACGAAUUGCGUUGACAUUCUAAAAUGUAUACGUUUUUUGUAACUAAUUAUAUAUUUUAAUUAUUAAUUAUUACAUUAACUUGUUAAUAUUAAUUGUAAAAAUGUAUACAUACUUUAUCGAUAUUAUAUGAUGUAUACAAUUUUCAAUGAGAUUAUGUUUAAGUACGUCUUAGCUUGAUUACUAUUAUUAUAUUAGAAAAUGUAUACAAUUUUGUGGAACUAUACUUAAAUAACUAUUUAUUUACAUUACUUAACUAUUAUUGUUAAAUUGAAUUGGAUAUUAGCAAUUAUACAAAUGUAAACAUCUUUAUUAGUACCAAACACUUGCAAUGUAUGUACUACAUAAUAUGGCGAUUAUGCUUCCAACAAUUUUUUUUAGUUUAAUUACCAAAGUAUUGUUAAUUUAAACCGUACGAAUGUGUUCGUCAUUUCAUAUUGUUACUCAUUAUCAUCAUGUAUACAUUUUAAAACCAUCUACUUAUAUUAAUUAUACAUGAUAUUUAAUUAACUAUAAUUGUUAUUAUUCAUAUUUUACUUUAUAAUUUUAACUAUAUAAAAACAAUUCUAUUCAAAGUUUAAAUGUAUACAAUUUGUCAGAUUUCAAAAACAGUUGUUUUAUUGUGAAUAAAUGCCGAAACGUUAGAGAACUGGCUUUUAGAUUUGGCUCUUUUAAGACUAAAAAUAUACAAAUUAUUAUCUACUUAUUAUAUUUAUCUUAAUGUGUGUAUUGUACACAUAAAUUGUAUAAACGUGUAUAAUGUACGGUUUUUUGAAUAAUUUUGCUGUAAAAUAUUUUUGUUUUCAAUAAUAGUCCAAAUUUUACUCUGAAUGGCAUCAUUGCUCUUAAUAAAUGUCCAGUUUUAUAUUAUAUGCGGCAUAUUUUUUAUUUAUAUUAAACAAAAAAAACUG